ACCUACUCCGGGUGGUCAUACAUCGAUUGGCUUCCUAGAUAAUAGAUCGUGCCACCCGUAGGGACCUCUGGGGACGAGCCGGGAGCUGGAAGAGUCGCACGCAGCAGCCCAACCCUGAGUUAAUCAAACUAGCAACAGGAUCUCAAGCAGCAGCAACGGCAGUGGCAAGAGUGGUGGUGGCGCGGCGGCAGCAUUAUGCGUGAUUACUGACAGGCACCAGCUGCUGCCGCCACAGCCGUCUCGAACGCACUAUGUGGACUCUCGGAUCUAGAGGCAGAUUCCUGACUAAUCCCAGAGGGCUGGCCCAGCCUGCGCUCCCCGGGCUGCUAGGACGCGAUGACCACUCUUAUUAGCCCAAGUUGAAGGCAGCCUGGCUGUGCCUGGGAGCCCGAGAGGCCGUGAUCUUUAGAAGACGCACAAGAGAGGAGCAUGAACUGAAGAGUAAACAUGUAUGGAAAUUAUUCCCACUUCAUGAAGUUUCCCGCAGGCUUUGGCGGCUCCCCUGGCCACACGGGUUCCACGUCCAUGAGCCCGUCAGCAGCCUUGUCCACGGGGAAGCCAAUGGACAGCCACCCCAGCUACACAGACACUCCAGUGAGUGCCCCACGGACCCUGAGUGCAGUGGGGGCCCCCCUCAAUGCCUUGGGUUCUCCAUAUCGAGUCAUCACCUCUGCCAUGGGUCCUCCCUCUGGAGCACUGGCAGCCCCUCCAGGAAUCAACUUGGUCGCCCCGCCCAGCUCUCAGCUAAAUGUGGUCAACAGUGUCAGCAGUUCAGAGGACAUCAAACCCUUACCAGGGCUUCCCGGGAUUGGAAACAUGAACUAUCCGUCUACCAGCCCUGGAUCUUUGGUUAAACACAUCUGUGCCAUCUGUGGGGACAGAUCCUCAGGAAAGCACUACGGGGUGUACAGCUGCGAGGGCUGCAAAGGGUUCUUCAAAAGGACCAUCAGGAAGGACCUCAUAUACACGUGUCGGGAUAACAAAGACUGCCUCAUCGACAAGCGCCAGCGCAACCGCUGCCAGUACUGUCGCUAUCAGAAGUGCCUUGUCAUGGGCAUGAAGCGGGAAGCUGUGCAAGAGGAAAGGCAGAGGAGCCGGGAGCGAGCAGAGAGUGAGGCAGAAUGUGCCAGUAGCGGUCAUGAAGACAUGCCUGUGGAGAGGAUUCUAGAAGCUGAACUUGCUGUUGAACCAAAGACAGAAUCCUACGGUGACAUGAACAUGGAGAACUCGACGAAUGACCCUGUUACCAACAUAUGUCAUGCUGCUGACAAGCAGCUGUUUACCCUCGUAGAAUGGGCCAAGCGUAUACCCCACUUCUCCGACCUCACCCUGGAGGACCAGGUCAUUCUGCUUCGGGCAGGGUGGAAUGAACUGCUGAUUGCCUCUUUCUCCCACCGCUCGGUGUCAGUGCAGGACGGCAUCCUUCUGGCCACGGGCCUCCACGUGCACCGGAGCAGUGCCCACAGCGCUGGGGUCGGCUCCAUCUUUGACAGAGUUCUGACCGAGCUGGUUUCCAAAAUGAAAGACAUGCAGAUGGACAAGUCGGAGCUGGGGUGCCUGCGAGCCAUUGUACUGUUUAACCCAGAUGCCAAGGGCCUGUCCAACCCCUCUGAGGUGGAGACUCUUCGAGAGAAGGUUUAUGCCACCCUCGAGGCCUACACCAAGCAGAAGUAUCCAGAACAGCCAGGCAGGUUCGCCAAGCUGCUGCUACGCCUCCCGGCCUUGCGCUCCAUCGGCCUCAAGUGCCUGGAGCACCUCUUCUUCUUCAAGCUCAUCGGGGACACCCCCAUUGACACCUUCCUCAUGGAGAUGCUGGAGACGCCGCUGCAGAUCACCUGAACCCUUCGGCUGCCGCCCCCUCCUGGGAUCAGCCUGGGCAGGUGUGUGUGGACUCGGGCCCUGUCCACGCCUCUCCACCUCCCACCCUGACCCCUUCCUGUCCCCCAAAUGUGACGCUUAUAAUAAAGAAACCUUUCUACACGCGAGAUUUUAUAGGUGGACUUUUGUAGAGGUGGGAAAGGUCGCCCUUCUUCGGUAUCUAAGGGGCUGGGGGGGUUCUGGAAGUUUCUGGGGAAGUGAAUCAAGCCUCUGUACAUAGGAUCGGUUUAAAUUAUUUUUUCACUUGCCAUGGAACGCAAACAAACAGAUAAUAAAAUACUAUGGUAUCGGCA